GCCAGAUCACCAGAUUCAAUUCAUUAACAUAAAAUGUUAGGAUCUUUGGAAAGUGCUUGUUGGGAUCCAAUUAAAGGAUAUUAAAUAGCUUAUUCUACUGAAGAUGGAAAUUUAAUAUUAUUAGAUGCUAGAAAAAUAGGUGAAUAACCAUUAGCUAAUUUUAAUGUAAAUAAAAAGGCACUUAGUAGUGUACAUAUGAGUUCAGGAGUUCCAGGUUUAUUGGCUACUACUUGUUUAGAUGGAAAGAUUAGAGUUUUUGAUACAGAUGCUCCUAUAAAGAAUGGUUAAUUAUAAUUGAUAAGUUCAUAUAAUCCAAAAUUAGUAAGAAAAUUAAAUAAUUAAUUUAGGAAUCACUUUAUUGUGGUUAAUUUUAUUAAGAUUCUCCAUGGACUUAUGGAUGUGGAUCAAGUUAAGGUGAAUUAUUUGUUUGGGAUAUGCAAGAAAGUUAAUAGAUUGUUAAUCACUUCAGUAAUAGAGUUGCACCAGAAUAAAGACCUAAAGUUGAAGAUGUAUAUUAUAUUAUUAAUUUAAAUAGUGCACUUCAAAAAAUACAGAUGAUCUAUGUAUGAAAGAAAGAGAAGAAAUAUAAAAAAUGGAAUAAGAAGAUAAAGAGGAUAUAGAAGAAGGUGGAUUAUAAGAGGAGGAAGAUAAUUGA